AUGGAAACUGAGAACAAGAAUGACAAUGCGCAUUUGGAAAAUGCUGAAGUACCUGAUUCUCCAUUGGAGUCUGUACUCAAAGCCAGGAGUGAAGUGAAAGCUCUAAUUAAGGCGGUUAACAGACGCAAGAGAGAAAGCAAAAGCAUUGAGAGUGAAAAUGUGUAUCUACAGAGUUAUGCUGGCUCGUUGGUGGGAUCAGGAGUUUUAGAGAAGAAAAGAAUGGAAAAUAGCUUAAAUAUUCCUGGCUCACUUAGAUUCUCGCAAGGGAGUCACAAUGACAAAAAAAGAUACCCUUCCCUGUCGUUUGAGCAACUUCAAGCUCUUAAAUUUAGAAAGAUUGGCGCUAGCACCACUACCCAUCGCCCAGUACUUUAUCAGCGUGAUUUGAAUAGAACUAAUAAUAGCAGGGAUAUCGGUAGUGUCAAAGGUCUGUUGAAUAUUUCAUCAGGAAACUCGGUAGAUGGGGAGCAUAAGCGAGGAGCUUUAUUGAAUCUCAUCUCCGUUUCAAGAAACACAGAUUCCAUUGAAUCAAUUAGUGUCGAAAAGAGAAAAAUGGCUUUUGCUAAAGCGGCUGCUCCACGACUACAGAAGCAUAAGAUUAUUAAAGAAGAGCUCUUUGUGCCGAAUAGUAGUAGACACACUACUCAAGUAGAACUUGUUCCAUUUGAUUUCCCAUUGACAGCGGAAUCAAAGAGUUUAAUCAUCGACGGAUGUUCUCGUCGUACCAGCAUCAAUGCUUCACCGUUUUUUGAUGCUACCGAAUUUGAUCCUCGUUGCGCCACGGAUGAAAUGGUGUUGAUGAGUAUUCUUGAAGAUGAGAUGGAAAGAAUUGAUGCACCGCUCGAAAAUCGUCCUAAGGCAACAUUUUGGAAGGCCCUCUGCAAUACGUUUUACCGAUUGCUUCAUUUCGGACAAUUCACCAAAGAGGAUUACAUUGCCAGGUAUACAUGGGAGAAGUUCUUUGACCCGGAAUUGUAUUAUGCAGAUAAAGCUAAUAAUGAGAAUGAUGAUGAGGGAGAGAUCAAUUAUGGUAUGGUUCCUGGAGGUGACUUGGAUGUAAAGAACAUUCUUGAAAAUAGAGGAAAGAUGGCGUAUGCAUUCGUUCCUGGACUGACCUAG